AUGUUUUCAGCAUCAAUUUAUUCCACUACUAGUAAUAAAAACUCAACUUCUUUAUCUUCAGAAGAAGCUCCAAUAACUAGCAAUACUACAGUUGUUUCUUCUGUAAUUUCAAGUAAUAAGAAUAUUAAUAUUCAUCAUGAAUUCAAUAAUCCAUCGAUGACCCUUUCUUCAUUUUCAAACCAUGUUCAAGAAAAUGAUCAUCUUUACCCUAAUCUUCAAAAGAUCAAGAAAAAGAGAAACCUCCCAGGGAAUCCAGAUCCAGAUGCAGAAGUGAUAGCAUUGUCACCAAAGACAUUGAUGGCAACAAACAGAUUUGUGUGUGAGAUAUGCAACAAAGGAUUUCAAAGGGAUCAAAAUUUGCAACUUCAUAGAAGAGGUCAUAACUUGCCAUGGAAAUUAAAGCAAAGAAACAAUAAAGAUGAGAUAAAGAAAAGGGCUUAUGUGUGUCCUGAACCUACUUGUGUGCACCACCAUCCUUCUAGGGCUCUUGGUGAUCUCACUGGCAUCAAAAAACACUUUUGUAGAAAACAUGGUGAAAAAAAAUGGAAGUGUGACAAGUGUUCCAAGAUUUAUGCAGUUCAAUCUGAUUGGAAAGCUCAUUCUAAAACUUGUGGCACUAGAGAGUAUAGAUGUGAUUGUGGCACCCUCUUCUCCAGGAAAGAUAGCUUCAUUACGCAUAGAGCUUUUUGUGAUGCCCUGGCUGAAGAAACUGCAAGACUUUCAGCUGCAGCAGCAGCAGCUUCUGCAGUGCCAAUAACUAACAACAACCACCCCUCAACUAUCACCCAUACUACACAAAUCCCCUUCAACUUUCAGCAACGUUCACAAAACCUCCCAACUUCACUUUUUUCUUUCACUCCCACUCUAAACCCUGAUUGGGUCCCCACCCAAAACCAUAACCCUAGCCCGGUCCGAAUCAAACCCGAAACCAUCCACCACCACCUACUCCCGCCUUUUUACCAAGAACCAAUGCCACGGCAACCAGUAUUUCAUGGAUGUCACGUCAGCACUAGCCCUUGUCAUCAUCCAUCGGCACACCUAUCUGCCACCGCCCUUCUCCAGAAGGCGGCGACGGUAGGUGCGGUGGCGGAUCACAAUGGGUCAACAAUGAGUAGUUUGACUUUGACCAGAGACUUUCUUGGGUUGACUGGAGACCAAGAAGUUGACCACCAUACAAGUCAACUUGAUGCUAAUGUGAACAUGAGGGGCAUGCUAACUUACGCUGGGGGCAUAGAAAUCCCAUCACAUGGAUACACCACAACUGCCUCAGAAGCAUGGGGGAAUUGUUAAAGCUUUAAGAUAUCAAUGGUCACAAAGGAUAUGACAGUAACUACACCUGAAGGAAUCAAAGGAAGAGUAUUUUAAGUGGCCACAUCAUAGUUUAAAAUUUUCUUAUCAUUUCAUGUUCAUUAUUAUCUUUUCUUAUUCUUUUUUGUUGUUGGGAACUUCUUGAAUUUAUUAAACUUUAAUGUUUUAGUUUACAAGUUGAAUUUUCCUUUUUAA